AGGACGUUAAGGUUAGGAUGUUUUGUGAGGUUAUGUAUUCUACCCGUUUUUUCAUGUUUGAUUUGAUUCUGUUAGAAGGCCUUUGAAAAGAAUAAAACCUUAUCUCCGGUUUGUUUUUUCAUAUUUUAAGUAAAUAUUUUGCCUAAAUCCUAGGCCUAUAAUUGUGAAUCAUGGACCUAAUGGAAGAUGACCUCAGUAGAUCAGUUCGUCUACUUGAGGAUGCAUUAUCUACUCCCAGCCGGGGCCUAUAUAAAAAACCCAUUAAUAAAAAAGAGCCGGACUUUAAUGUGAGUAUCACGUUAGCGGCCCACGAGUUGCAGCAAUUUCAGAGCAGCCAGUUUAUGAAUGAUUUACUUAUGGACGACACAAUUGCCGGAGGGGUUAUCCAGAAUGAAAACCCUUGGAAAGCUGCUGUGGAUAGCCUGUAUUUUGAGUUUUUUGGAAUUAUACAAGGACAAACUAGUCAAGAUACAUUAGAAACAAUUUCUGAACUCGCUAGAUGUUGCUCUGAUGCCCUAAAAAUUGUCAAGGGCUUAACAUCCAAAGUGGCUGUUAAUGCAGUUGAUGAAGAAAAAUGGCUCGAAAAAGAAAAGGACACAUGGAGGCUCCUUUUUAUUUUGUAUCAAGAUAGGCUUCUAAGUCAACAUAAUAUGGAAGAUGAUCAGUUUCAGUACUUUGGGAAGUCAGAGAAGAAGUGUGUAGAAGAGUUGUUUAAAAGAGAUAAUCUUAUAAGGGAGUGUCAGUUAGUUAUUGAUUGGCUAGAGGCGGGUGCUUGUGAAAAAGAUGACCAAACAUUACAUUUCUCUGAUGCCACUGUAGGCUGGGAGAAUACCUUGCACCAAUUACAGACACCUGAUAGCAUUGCAUUUCAAAGUUCCAGACCAACGGUAGAUAAAUUAGACCCAGAUGCUCCGCAUUACCAAAAGAGAUCCCUGCAUGAUUUGGAUACAGAAGACGAAAAACGUUUAAGCAAGAAAAUAUUUACGGAAAUCAGAUGUGGGAAGCUAGAAGAAGCCCAAAAGUUGGCAAGACAGAGUGGACAUUCGUGGAAAGCGGCAAUCUUGGAAGGUUGGCGCUUAUUUCAUAAUCCAAACCUUAAAGAAGACGAUUUUGAUGGUGAUAGAGGGUCCGAAGUAGACGAUGGGUAUGAAGAGAUGGAUUCUAAUGAAUUAAAAGACCUCGAAGGGAACAGUAACAGAGACAUUUGGAAGAUCAUGGCACUGAGAUACUCAAAACAGGAAUGGAUAAGUUCUUAUGACCGGGCAUCGGUGGGAACGUUUUGUGGCAACUUAAACGCCAUUUUACCCGUUUGCAAUAAUUGGCAGGACAGUUUGUGGGCCUACAUGAAGUCUGUUAUCGAUAUCAGAGUCGAGUCGGAAAUUAGAGACUGUUGUAGCAAAGAUAAUCAGUAUUUACCACUUCCAGAGGAGUAUUGGUUGCAGAGGAUGUCACUGAAUGAUGUUUUUACCAACCUAGAGUCCUCAAAAAAUAAGUUUGUACGUGACGAAUCGAAAGAACCAGAACGUAUUAUCCAGAAGUAUAUUAUCCUGGACGAUGUGCCCGCUUUAUUGAAGGAACUGGAAGAGUGGUCCGAAAGUCCGACAGUAUCCACGCAAUUUUUAAGGUUUUCCUCGCAUUUAGUUUUGUUUUUGGAUCAGAUCGGGCAGGUGAAUAAAAGGGACGCAGUUGAACGGGUUUUAGAAAUGUAUAUAAAACGACUAAUGGAGAUGAACGAGACUCAACUGGUAGCAUUUUACGUAAGCAAACUCUGUACCAGUAAUCAAGUCUACUUAUACGCAAAACACUUGGAAACAAUUACCGAUCAAAACGAGCGAAAGACCGCGCUACAAUACGCCGAAGAUUGCGGCCUCGACGUCCUGGCCAUUACAAAACAAAUCGUCGAAAAUAUCCGAAAUAAACCCGAAGAGUUGGAUCUUACAGGGAAUUUACAGCAUAAACUAACGGAAACAGAUAAACGCAAAAUCUCAGCAAUAGACUGGCUGGUCUACUACGAAUCCCAACGUCUGGACCUCCUAAAGCAAACGAACCAGAUCGUUUUCAAUUUCCUUGUUAUGGAAAAAGUGGACGCGGCCGAACUCGCUUUCGGUAAAAUCCCGAGCGAGGCUGUCGCGCAAGUUUUAGCCGAAUCCGAGGAUAGUAACGAGGAAAUUAAGGCUGUGGUAAAGGAGCAUCUCAGUUAUAAAGCGUAUUUGGAGGCGACUGAGGCGUUUAACGAGUGGUUUCAACAGAUUAAGUGUAAACCGGCGGAACCGGAUGAGCUGCCGGAAAGUGCGCAGUUUCCUGAGAAGGUCGCGUACCAGCAUAAAGUUUCUCAGUAUAAGGCGGAAAUUGAGAGGUGGAAACUAACGACAACCCAUUUAGCGAAAACAGCCCAAAGUCUUUUGUACAACGUACUGUUGUUCCCCGAAGGUUGGCUCAUUGGAGCUAAGGAACCCGACCAUUUAAGACAAACCAUUCUGCCUAAAGUCACUUUUUUGCUUUGCUCGGUUUUAUACGAAACGGAAAUGUAUGAAAAGUGUAUUGAACUGGCCGAUAUUAUUGCUGCCGAAAGGUAUCGGUUAUACGAGGAAUUUUCUCAAGAGCAAAUUCAAGAUUUCCUGUUGAAGAUCACUGAGGCUAGCAUGGCUCUCAUAGAGCGUGGCAAGGACCCUUUUGGAUAUGAAAAAUCUGCUUAGGAUUAGAGUGUAGCAUUUUUUGUUAUUAAUUUAGUCUUUUUAAGUGAAAUAAAUAACUUUUUUAAGAAA